AUGGUUCCAGGAAGCAGGAAGCCCCAUGCUCCUAAGCCCCAGAACAACGGCGCUACGCAGGAACAGAACAGCGCACCAACUACUACCGAGUACCGAGCCGGCAUCUCACUAAAAACCAACGGAAUCGUGCGUCGUGAUUGUGCCUUGUCGCCCUUCAUAUCUCGAAAGUCUUGGGUGUGGACCGUGAGGAAGAUCGUCAAUCCGCGGAGGAUCAGCCAACAAAGUGCCUUGGGCGUGGAGAGAAGGGAGGUGUUGCCGUAUGCGUCUCGACGGGACCGGCGUAGAAACAACCUAUUCCAAUAGCGUUGAGGAGGUUUCUGAUCAGGGGGUUUGCAUCGCCGCUGAAGUCAUUGUAAAGAACGCUGAAGAAUAACUCGACCAGGCAGGGUCCUAGACCUCCGACGUAGUAGCUAUAUAUCACUUGUGCCGGGAAUGCACAAUAUAGGAGGCAAGACGCUGCAUAUCGUGAUAUUCGGCCUGAAGGGAUGGGUCGCCAUGGUUUGUUGAUGGCGUCUUCGGCUAUGCCUUUGGGAUUCCUUUGGUAUUGGAGGUUGAAUGUUAGGAGUUGGGUCCAGGACCAGAUGAGCAUCAAGGAAGUCCUGCAUAUGAGGUCCCAUGGUCGAGUGUCAUUUUUGAAUCCCAGGAAUGGACCUUGAAGGACGGAAAGGACACCGAAGAAGUAACCGAGUCCAACGAUGUCCUUUAG